CUGAACGGGGCGCAUGUGGGCGCUGUGCAGGCUGCUGCGGUCGGGGGCCGGGCGCGCCAUGUCACAGGGGCCCGCCCGCCGCCAGCGGCCCCCCAAGGACCCGCUUCGACACCUGCGCACCCGGGAGAAGCGGGGCGCGUCCUGGGAGCCCGGGAGCCCCAACACGGUGUACCUGCAGGUGGUGGCCGCGGGCGGCAGGGAUGUGGGCGCUGCGCUCUAUGUCUUCUCCGAGUACAACCGGUAUCUCUUCAAUUGUGGAGAAGGCAUCCAGAGACUCAUGCAGGAACACAAACUGAAAGUUGCUCGCUUGGACAACAUAUUCCUGACACGAAUGCACUGGGCUAAUGUUGGGGGCUUGUGUGGAAUGAUUCUUACUUUGAAGGAAACUGGGCUUCCGAAGUGUGUGCUCUCUGGACCUCCACAACUGCCAGGAAAAGCUAUGUUUGUAAGCACAAACCUCUUCCUUGGCACACGUGCCUGGAUCUGGGUGGAGAGUGGGAAGUGUGCUCAGAAAGAUGACAGGACUUGCCAUUUGCAGCCCUCAAGUCCUGGCACUGGUGUUCAGCUCACCUGGUGGAGCUCAGGGCCUGGCAUGCCCACUGGUGUCAGCCGGACAGUUGGUGGUAGGGACCCUUCCUUGGUGGUAGCUUUUGUCUGUAAGCUGCACAUGAAGAAAGGGAACUUCCUGGUGCUUAAAGCGAAGGAGCUGGGCCUCCCCGUGGGGACAGCCGCCAUCGCCCCCAUCAUUGCAGCCGUCAAGGACGGGAAGAGCAUUAUUCAUGAAGGAAGAGAGAUUUUGGCUGAAGAGCUGUGUACACCCCCAGAUCCUGGUCUUGCAUUUAUAGUGGUUGAAUGUCCAGAUGAAGGCUUCAUCCAGCCCAUCUGUGAGAAUGAUACCUUUAAGAGGUACCAGGGAAACCCCAACACUCCAGUGGCCCUGGUGGUCCACAUGGCCCCAGAGUCUGUGCUCAUGGACAGCAGAUACCAGCAAUGGAUGGAGAGGUUUGGGCCUGACACCCAGCACCUGAUCCUGAAUAAGAAAUGUCAGUCAGUCCACAAUCUUCGCAGCCACAAGAUUCAAACGCAGCUCAACCUCAUCCACCCGGACAUCUUCCCUCCACUCACCACUUUCCACAGUAAGGAGGAAGGGCCGGCUCUCAGUGUGCCUGUGGUUCAGGGUGAAUGCCUCCUCAAGUACCAGCUCCGCCCCAGGAGGGAGUGGCAGAGGGAUGCUAUUAUUACUUGCAACCCUGAAGAAUUCAUAGCCGAGGUCCUGGAGCUCCCCAACUUCCAGGAGAGCGUGCAGGAGUAUAGGAAGAGCACGCAGGAUAGCCUGGCCCCAGCAGAGAAAAGAAACCAGUAUCCAGAAGUCGUCUUCCUGGGGACAGGGUCUGCCAUCCCAAUGAAGAUUCGGAACGUUAGCGCCACACUGGUCAACAUAAGUCCUGACAAGUCUCUGCUACUGGACUGUGGCGAAGGCACGUUUGGGCAGCUGUACCGCCAUUACGGAGAGCAAGUGGAUCAGGUCCUGGCGAACCUGGCUGCUGUGUUUGUGUCCCACUUGCACGCAGACCACCACACAGGCUUGCUGCACAUCCUGCUAGAGAGAGAACGUGCCUUGGCAGCCCUAGGGAAGCCCUUCCACCCCCUGCUGGUGGUGGCCCCCACCCAGCUCAGACCCUGGCUGCAGCAGUACCACAACCAGUGCCAGCAGAUUCUGCACCAUGUCAGUAUGAUUCCUGCCAAAUGCCUUCGUCAAGAAGCCGAGGUCUCAGACCCCUCAACGGAAAGUCUGAUCCGAUCACUGUUAAAAACCUGUGAUUUGGAAGAGUUUCAGACAUGCCUGGUCCGGCACUGCAAGCAUGCUUUUGGCUGUGCACUGGUGCACACAUCUGGCUGGAAAGUGGUAUACUCUGGGGAUACCAUGCCCUGCGAGGCUCUCGUCCAGAUAGGGAAAGAUGCCACCCUGCUGAUUCAUGAAGCCACUCUGGAGGAUGGCUUGGAAAUGGAAGCCAUAGAAAAGACACACAGCACCACCUCCCAAGCUAUUGGUGUGGGGAUGCGGAUGAAUGCAGAGUUCAUCAUGCUUAACCACUUCAGCCAGCGCUAUGCCAAGAUCCCCAUCUUCAGCCCUGACUUCAACGAGAAAGUCGGAAUCGCCUUUGACCACAUGAAGAUCUGCUUUGGAGACUUCCCAACCGUGCCCAAGUUGAUUCCACCAUUGAAAGCCCUGUUUGCUGGUGAUAUCGAGGAGAUGGAGGAGCGCAGGGAGAAGCGGGAGCUGAGGAUGGUACGGGCUGCCCUCCUGUCUCAGGAGCAGGCGGGCAGCCCGGUGGACAGGGAGCCCCAGCAGAAACGGGCCCAUGCGGAGGGGCCGCAGAGCCCACAGAGCAAGAAGCUCAGAGCCCAGUGAGCUCCAAAGGCUGCAUCUUGUGCUCUACAUGGCACCGAUGCCUGCUUCUCUCAUCCCCGUGGGAGUCCGAGAGUGCCUUCUGCCAGGAGGAACGACUCAGGACAGGAGUGUGGAGUCCUGCAUGGGUUCUGGCUCAGCAUUGAUCUGCCAGACACCACCCAUGACUGGUGCCUGACACAGCUGCAGGACAGGAGGCUGUGUGGUGGAAGACAGUGGAAAUGAGGAGUCACACAUGGAAAUGGGCAGCGCCUUACCUCUAGCACACUGGUUCCCUUGGCACACUGGAGAAGCUGGUUAAGUAGCCCAGACUCCAGAAGUAGUAUUCCAAAGAAUCAGGUGCAAUAAAGCUUGAGUUUGGAAUCC